AUGAAGAAACAUGUAUUGAUGCAUACAGCAGGUCCCGUUGUUUGUUCUACUUGCGGAGUAACGUGCAAAAAUUUUGAAAGUUUAAGAGGUCAUAUCUUUCAUUACCACAAGCAUACUGCUCAUCAAUACGUUUGUGAAGAAUGUGGUAAAAGCUUUCGAAUGAAAUAUUAUUUCUUAUUGCAUAAAAGAAAGGAUCAUAUGGGUUUAAGGAACUUUAAAUGCAAUACUUGUGGAAAAGCUUUCUUUGUCAAUAAAGCUUUAUUAAACCAUGUUCGAACCACUCACGAAAAACUGAGACGUCAUGUUUGUGAACAUUGUGGUACUGGCUUUUCGACUAAACAUGUUUUAAAAACUCAUAAAAGACAACAUACCGAUGAAAAACCGUUCGUUUGUGAGCACUGUUCAGAAGGGUUUAGACAGAGUGUUUCAUUACGGACCCAUUUGAAAUCAAAACAUGGAAUAGAGGUAGCCCAGGAAUUCUUUUGUGGAACGUGUGAAAAAGGUUUCGCUACAAAUUGGGCUUUGAGUGUACAUCAAAGGUCACACGAAACUAAGAAGUGUGAAAUUUGUUCAGAGAAUUUUGCUGGAGAUGAAUAUCUGACAAAGCAUCUUAGAGAAGUUCAUCAAGUAGAAGUAGAAAUGCAACAAGAUAGUUAA